UUGACAUUUCUCAUUAUUUAAUAAUGUCAUCCAGGUUUUUUUGGCUUGCUUGUAAAAAAAAGAAACAUUUAGUUUUCAAUUUGGGAAGAAAAUUUUACUUUUUAUUUAAAAAGAAAAUGAAUUUUAAAGUCGACAUAUGUGUGUGCCGGGUGUGUAUGGAAUCCGAAAACGGUAUUUCACUUUUAAAAGACUCCGCACUCCUCGAGAAAUUUGUUUACACCACCAAACUUAAAGUCAAAGCGGAUGGUAUGCCAGCCAUUUUGUGUGACAAAUGCACUGAUCGUCUUAAAGUCGCCUACGACUUUUGUCGUACGGCCAAUAUAUCGGAGAAGCAAUUGCGAAAGUUCAUUAGCAAAAUAAGCUUUGACUUCCGGGAAGUGACGAAGACCUUACCAAAAGACGACAAUGACGAGGACUACGUGGUAAUGGAAGAAUUCGAUGGAAUGAAUCCAGCUUUGCUUGAGGAACCUGAAGAAAUUAUUCCCCAAUCGUUACCUGUGCAACAUCAAACACCACCACCGCUGCCACCACCACCACCACAACCGGCAGCACCAGAACCAUCUAUUGUAGUCGAGGAGUCGAUAAUUCAAAAGAGAAAUCUUAAAAUUGAAGUCACCGAAAUGGAACAUGAGGAAAUUGAGCUUAUGGUAGAGGAGCCACAUCAGGAUAGUAUUACGAUUGGAAAGCAAGAAGCUCUUGGAUCGGAAAUCGAAAUGGAAGAAUUUCACGAGAUAAUUCAAGAUGAUCAAUGCGAUACGAAUCUAUAUUUAGAUGAGAACACUUAUGAGGAGCUGCAAUUGUACGAGAAUGAAGACGGUGAAAUCUACGACCAUCAACAAGUUGAUGAAGAAGAUUAUCCAACAGAUCAUCUUGGAGAAGGUGAUGGAGAAGGAGAAAUUAUUGCCGACCACAUCGAUGAAUAUUCCGGAAUCGAUGGCGGAGAAGAAUUAGUUAAAUUAUAUCCGCAUCAAGAACAAAAAAAGACAAAGCACAAAAAAACAACUCGCACUUCGAAGCGGUCAAGGGGUGAAACAGCGGCAUCGAAAAUCGAAGGCAAAUCGAUUAUUUGCAUUAAAUGCAACAAAGAUUUCAGCACAAAAACCAAUCUCAUGCGGCACAUGAUCUCACAUGCCGGUUUGAAGCCCUUCAGGUGUCAAACUUGUGGCAAGGGAUUUACCCAAAAUGGAUCACUAAAACAACAUAUUUUCAUCCACACAGGCGAAAAGCCGCAUGUCUGUCACGUUUGUCAGAGAGGAUUCACGCAAAGCAAGAGCCUCAUAUUCCACAUGCGUCGGCAUACAGGCGAAAAACCUUUUAACUGUGAGGAGUGUGGGAUAAAUUUCAGACAGAAGGAUGGAUUGAAGCAUCACAUUCAGAAGUACCACGGAGAAGGACGAGAGGCUCACGUUUGUCCGGUGUGCGAAAGAGUACUUUCGUCAAAGUAUGCCCUGGCAACGCACAUGAAGAAACAUCAAACCAAAACAGUAGAACAAGAGUCAGAGAUAAUGGCUAGAUGUUUUGAGGGCACCAAUGUUAAGUUAGAAGGGUCUUCGUUGCAUCAAAUGAAAUCCGAAGGCCAGGAAUAUUCAUCAACAUCCACAACAGAACCCAUUUCUACCCAAGUCUUAGAAUCAGUUGAAGAUAUCGAACCAAAGCCAAUUAACCAUGCCGGAGCUGGAGUCCGAAUGAAACAGUUUCAAUGUGGAAAGUGUUUCAAAUCAUUCAAGAUAAAGAGAAACCUCCUUCGUCACUUGCGCAACCAUGAUGUGAGCACUCUGGAAUUACACGAGUGCACUGAUUGUGGCAUUGGAUUUGACACAAAACGUAGACUCAAAUUACAUCGUCUACGCGAUCACAAAGAUAUAGUUUGUGACUUGAAUAAUUGCGAGUAUUGCGAUGCCCCGUUUGUGUCAGUUGCCGAUCUCAGCGAGCACAUAGCAAACGAACACGAUGCUAUCGAUCAGAAUUGUCCACAUUGUAAUGAGCAUUUUGAUUCGCAGAAAUUGUACUAUGAUCAUUUAUUGGAACAUGAACAUUUGUUAGAUAAUUAAAAACUGUUAGAAUUUAGUUGAUAUUUAUAAUUUUUAUAGAAUUAUUUACUUAUACAUAUAAAAUAAAUACAUUUAAAUACAAAAUAUGAAAAAUAA